AUUUACAAUAAAAAAACAUAACAACAAUAAAACCCACUAAAAGAAGGAGAGUUAGUGCACCUCCGUAGGGUUUGGUUAUUAGGGUUUUCGCUCACCCGUGUGCAGUCGAGCCUCCCGAAGAAAAAGCGAAAAUGCCGUCGCACAAGACAUUCAGAAUCAAGAAGAAGUUGGCGAAGAAGAUGAGGCAGAACAGGCCCAUCCCCUACUGGAUCCGCAUGAGGACCGACAACACCAUCAGGUACAACGCGAAGCGCCGUCACUGGCGUCGCACCAAGCUUGGAUUCUGAGGUGCUUGCUUUGCCUCGAUUCAGUUUAUCCAAUUAAUUAGUGUUUUAUUUUCUUGAGCCAAAAACAAUGCUUUGGAGUUUUUAAUAUUUUGCAUUUUAUUCCAAGACUAUAUUGUGUAAGGAAUUUAUUGUAGUACGUUUGACGUGGGUCUAUUUGCAAUUUCGAGUAUUUGGCAAAACCAAUCUGUUUUGGCAGAGCAUCAUAAUCUCAAAUUAUAUCCUUGUUUAACACA